AACAUCUCCAACACUGUCUAAGUUUGGUAUUGGUAAGGUGGGCGUUGUUGUUUACCACUUCUUCCCCCCACCUCGCCAAUAAGGAGGGACCACGCGCAGCCCCGCACGCGCACGCCGUGCACAGGGAGGCGGAGGAAUCCACGAGCGCCGUGACCGCGUGCGUGACGCAGCCGGUUGCUAGGUGUGGAUGACCCACGCUCGAUGCUUUGGCUCAAUUAGCCGCCUCUCAGUCAUCAACUCCGUCACAACAAAGCGAGAAGCAGGAGAGAGGGACAGACACUCUGCGGGAGAACAUGGCUUUUUAAACCGUUUGCCUUCGUCUGCUGCCCUCAAAGCGCCGUGCUUUGCUUUUGCAACGCACCCCAAAACACCUCAACCACAUUUUCAGCAAUAAUGGAGUUUCAUAAUGUUCACCCAGCCCUGUUCUCUGUGGCUCAAGUCUCGAACUACAAUACUGUGCAACGUAAACUCGGCCGUUUGAAUCGUAGGACCAACGGACAGGAUGAUGGCAAUGUCAGCACCCAUUUGGAAGACUCUACUUGGCUGCCCGGCAGACCCCCUCGCUCUCUCUCACCCACAGGCUAACCACAGCCAAUUGGAGAGGCGCAGAGGGGAGGGGCCAGAGGAGAGCCAGCACUUAAUUGGUGAUGGUCUCAGUGACUGGAUGACGGAAGAAGUGGAUUUCUCCUCAUACCUCCCAACCCCUCACUCCUCUCCUUCCCCCAAUGCAUCCCUUCCCCCCUCGCCCCUGCAGCAUGACAUCCAGGUGCCCUCUGAUUUGGAGGUCAUGACCUCUCUGCUGCAGGAAGAGCUUGCUCAGCUGGAGGAUUACUUCCUGUCUGACCCGCUCCCAGAGAAAGCCUCCAAACUGGGCAAAUGCGACAAAGGGCCACCACCAAUGGGUCCCCCAUCGUACUACCAGUUGCCCUAUGCAUCUUAUUCUUCUUCCAGCCAAUCAGAGUCUAGCCCCCUACUUGUUACCCUAGCAACUGGGGAACUAGACCUGCUGAGCUUUUGUGGGGGACCCAUUGGCCGAUCCAAGAUACCUAGACACGCCCCUUACAGUUGCAACCGCCCCAACGGCAACGUCUGCGGCCGCAAGAGAGUUUCCGAUGGGGUGAGGGUGAGUGACGGCUAUGAGAAUAGCAUCUGGAGUUCCAAAGGAAAUACCUCAGGUAACUCAGCUGUUGCACUUGGUGGAAGCUACAGCUGUAUAGAAGAUGAACGGGUGGUGGGCAAAGGUUACUGCCUGGGCAGUGCGGUGGAGAUCAGAAGGUGCGCCAUUUUACCCAAAGAAGAGAAGAAUUGCCGCUACACAGAAGAGUCCAUUGGUAUAAGCAAGAUUGUAAGUGGUGGCUAUGGCUUCAGUGGGCCCAUUCAAGUUCCUCCUCACAAGAAAGAAGAGAUGAUGAUGUACGGUGUCAGGGAAGUCAACAUAAAUGGAAUGGGUGGUGGUUCGGAGAUGGAGAUGAUGAGCGAAGGAAAAUCCGGCAUCAACGACAUGGUCAAAAGUAACAUGUCCUGGAAGUCAGAGUCCAACGAAGGUUGCUUUCUUCAAGGAACACCCCAAGAAGAGGCCUACCAUAAUUUCCUAGGUGCCAUCAACGAGCCUGUAAAAGCAGAAAGCGUAGAUUUGCAUCGUCAACACAGCGACUACCACUGCAGCUUUCUGGAGGGUCAAGGCCCUGCCUGCUUGAGUGGUGACAGACACGGACAUGAAAUGGGUGCUCCUUGCCCCAGAGGAGUCCGUUCCUUGAAGGAGGAACCUUGCAUUGUAAAACCAGAGCUGGAGGUCCCCCUCAUGGAAACCGGUCAUGGGGAACGCAAGCAGAAGAAGCGAGAUCAGAACAAGACAGCAGCUCACAGGUAUCGCCAAAGGAAGAGAGCAGAGUUGGACUCACUGGAGGAGCAGCUUCAUGGCCUAGAGGGGAAAAACCGUGAACUUCGGGACAAGGCAGAAUCGGUGGAGCGUGAGAUCCAGUAUGUGAAAGACCUCCUGAUUGAGGUGUACAAGGCUCGCAGCCAACGCCUAAAGCAGGAGGCCAGCGCCUGACCUGAAGAUUGGUAGCCUGACACAGAUGAUGGUCCUGCAAGUAGAAUUGAUAGUGGUCUAACAGAAAGUGGAAUUUAAGUUGGAAUGUUUUCUGAUCGAAUGUUUUUUUGUUUUGUUUCUUUUUUGGAUAGGGGCGGGGUGUGUACUAUUGCACGUUACGUUAACCAAUCAUUUACUUUUUGUUACAAACUGACUAGUCCAUCAACAGCUGCAGCACAAACUUCCACUUUUCCAGCUCAAACUCAAAGGCAAAUAAAUAUGCACUGUGAUUCUGUCAUGGCUUAAAUGACAGCUGGCUUUUUGUGUGGGCCUCCUUUUUCGAAGAAUAGCUAAAACGGGUCCUCAACUUGUGUUCUUUUCAGGAUUGAUGUUAAUCAACGUUGAACACACACGACCUGAUUGAGCGCAUUAUGUUUCAUUUACACAAGGCUAUAAUCUUCUAUCGCAUCAGAACAUAGCCUGCACUAAUCUUAAUUUAUCCAAAGUAGGUAAUUAUGUUAAUUAUUUCCUUUUAAUUAUUUAUAAGUGGGUUUCAAGUUCGUAGUACAUGGCAAUAGCGCAAUUCUUCCAUUAAUUCAAAGAGAAAUAAGCACUGAUAUGAAAAAGCAAUCUUGUUCAAAACCAAUAUUGAUUUUCAGGGGAAUCACUUUUUCCAAAAUGAAAAUUCGCUCAGGAAGAGCAAGCCUGAUGAUUUCAUUUUUUUUUUUUUUUAGUUCCUAAUUUUUUAAAAAAUCCCCAGUUUACGUUAGUUCUGCAGCUCAGGUAUGCAAUCUAUAUGUCCAAAGUCACGGAAGUAUGUCAGUUUGUAACUUGAUGCUGAAGAUAUGGCACUGCCUAAUGUUAUGCGUGUUGAUUUCAUAUUGUUUCAGUCUUGCAUGCCUAAGCUUUUCACAGCUUUUUGGGGAAAAAAAGAAUGCCUUUUUUUUUGGUUCCUUUUGUUGGUUUGGACAACGUUAAACAUUACAGCAUAUCUCUCUCUCCAGCUAAAGACCUAUCUUCAAGUCCUGUUCUAUAUCUUCUUUGCCUAGUCAUUUCAUAGAAUGAGUGGCAUUUUGAUUCACAAACUACUGUUUGGCCCAACGUCUCUGCUGUAAUUGCGAAAACAAUCAGGGUUUGUGAUUUUAUAAGGUUUGAUUGCUCUAAUUUAAAUUAUAGUGUCUGAGGGGAGGACAGAAAAUCUUUAUAGUUCCACUGCUUUUCUAUUCUUUAACUAUAGAAUGCUUGAGCUGGCUUUGACCAAGCUUUCAUUUAGUGUCAACUCAAGUUCUUAGCAAUAUUUAAUCGACAUCACUGGCAUAAUUUAUUAUUAAUUGCAUUGGAUUCGAUUGUGUACAAUCCUGAACACUUUUAGGGUUUUCAUGUUUACAGCCUAUUUAAGUCGAAUAGCCUAGAAUGAUGGUAUUCUAAUAUGUAGACACAAGUACAAAUGUAGGGAGAAUAAAAAUCCAGAAGCAAAUAGACCCUUUUCUACUUCCCUGAUAUUUUUUUUAGUUUCUUAGUUUAAAGGUAUUUUAUCAAAGAUUCAUGUAUACCUUAAAACCUAGCAAUACAUCUAUUUUUUAAUCCUUCUGAAUACAAAAAAAAUAUCCUAGCAUAGAUAUUCAGAGAGCUAAGCACCAUAAUAUCGGUUUCAAGUAUGCUUUCCUCUUGGCGGUAUACAAUCAUGUGUAUGAAAUAUGGAAAUAUUGAAAUAUAGCCGGAAUGUGGUACUACAUAUGUCACCUUGUGAAGUUGAGAUAUAGCUAUGAAUGUUGGGAUUUCUGAGCUACGCGACUGAGCCACAUGAUGAUGUUCACACCAGCUAAAAAACACACACACACACAACGACGGAGUCAUUUCGAUGUAUCACCUCCACUUCAACUGCUUUGUGUUUAUUUUCCCUGUCAUUCUUUUUAAUUCCAAUAAAAGUGAUUUGUGUCAGCA